CCGGGCUCGGGAGCGCGCGCAGCGGCGGCGGGGCUGCGUGCGAAAGCGCCUUUAGCGAAGCAAGAGCCGGAUCGAGGGGAGCCAACGCCGCCGCCGCCACCAACGCCGCCGCCGCCUCGCCAAGGCCGGCUUGCCGGGGAAGAAAGAGGCGAGACUCCGAAGUGCUGACGUUGGAUUUGGCCGGAGAAAGCAGCCCGGGAAGCCCAGGAGGGGAAAAAACCUUGGGAAGGAGGACCCCCCCCCAGCCCGUGCCAAGAAUGAUGGUGCUGGAAGGAGGAGGGAGUUUGGCACUUGGGAAGUAAUACCGGAGGAGAAGAAGGGGGCGCAAAAAACCAAAGGGGGGGUCUGGCUAGGGCGGGGCCAGCGAGGCCCGGAAGCUUCUUGAUUGCUGGAGAUCGGUUGUCAGUCUGCUCGGAUCCCCCCCUCCACCCCCCCAGCUCUCUUUCCAGGCCGGGAGCGGAGCGGCAGACGGGCUGGGUGGCUGGCUCUUGCGCGCCGCGCUCCCCCCGGCGGGCUGUGGGCAGGGGCGUCCGGGAAGCGAGCGCGCGAGCCGAGAGAGACUCCCCUUUUCCCGGACGGUGCAGCCAACCAAGGGAGGAUCCGGAGAGAGGGGGGCGCCAGAAGGAUCGGGGGUGGGGGGAGAGCCAGCCGCCGCCGCCGCCGCCGCCAUCAUCAUCCGGAGGCCCCGUGGCUUUUCAAUGGAGGAGCAGCCCGGCCAUCAGCCAGCACAGCAGCAGCAGCAGCAGGCGCCUCAGCACCACCACCAGCACCACCACCACCAUUACUACUACUACAACCACAACCACCACCAGCACCACCAGCAGCACCUGGCCGAGGGCAGCGCGCCCGCCAAGGCCCCGCCGAAGGCGCCUUUGCAAGCCCUCAAGCAUGAGCCCAAGCACGGCGCCGGAGGAGGAGGAGGAGCAGGCCAGCAGCCCGACGCGCCCAGGAAGAAAGCAGGCUACGGCGAGCUCAAUGGCAGCGUUGGAGAACGGGAGUCCCCCCCCAAGAGCUUGAACGGGGGCGAUGCUGCGGCCAGCCCCAUUUCCCGGGUCCCCAACGGCAGCCAGACCCCCGGGGACCCCGCCCUGGCGCUCAAGCAGACUGUGAAGGGGAGCGGUGCCUUUGGGAAGCUGGGGCUCAAGCCCAAGGGCUUUGUCCCCAAAGGGGCUGCGGACAAGAAGCCGGAGAAAGGCUUUGAGGGCCGGUCCCCCGACAAGCCUGAGGCCCUCUGUAUCCCCAACGGCAUGGUCUCCACGGGGUACAUCGCCAACGGCUACGUCGCCAGGGGGGCCGACAACGACGGCAGCGGCUCAGAGAGCAGCUACACCACCCCCAAGAAGCGGAAGGGGCGCCGCAACAGCGCCAAGGGCUGCGAGGCGCUCAGCCUGGCGCAGGCCGCACCGCACGAACCCUCGACCAGCACGGCGGCCUCGAAGCAGGAGCCCGAGGGCGGGGAGGCGAAGGCGGGGGGCAGGGUGGACGCCCCCAAGCCGGCUUGGAAGUGCGAGGCCGGGGGCUUGGGGGCCGGGCGCGGGAAGCCGGGCGACGUGCCGCCGCGGAAGAACUCGGACGGGAAGGCCGGCGCCGGGGUGGGCAAGAAGUUCGAGGAGCGGCCGAAGGGCAAGCACGUGCCGGCGGCCUCCUCCAAGGAGGACUCCUGGACGCUCUUCAAGCCUCCCCCCGUCUUCCCGGUGGACAACAGCAGCGCCAAGAUCGUCCCCAAGAUCAGCUACGCGAGCAAAGUCAAGGAGAACCUCAACAAGGCCGCCGCGCAGAGCGCCUCCUCCCCGACCCUCUCCUCGUCCUCGUCUUCGUCUUCGUCCUCCUCCCUGUGUUCGUCGUCCGCCGCCGAAGCCCAGGCGCAGCCCCCCGGCCGCCUCUCGCAGGUCCCCAUGUCCGCCAUGAAAUCCGUCACCUCGGCCGGCUUCUCCAACGGGCCGGUGUUGGCGGGGGCCGACCGGGGACCCCAGCCCCUCCUCGUGCCCGGCGGGGUCCUCUCAGCCUCGGAGGCGGGGCCCCUGGACGUGGCGGGCCUGGGGGGCGCCCCAGCGGAGCCUCCGCCGCCCAAAUCCAGCCUGUUCAUCUACCCGUCGAAUAUGCAAGCCGCUCUCCUCAGCGCCGCCGCGCAGGCCGAGAUGCCGCCGCCGCCUCAGGCCAGCCAGAAGAGCCUGGGCGACAUUUUCCAGAACCAGUGGGGGUUGUCGUUCAUCAACGAGCCCAGCGCCGGCCCGGAGGCGGGUGCCAGGAAGCCGGCAGGCCCCCAGGCCGCGGAGGUGACAUUUCAGGGGGAGGGCCCGGCCGCCCUGGCACCCCCGGGGGCCGAGGCGGCUCCCUUGGGGCCCGAACCGCCCGCCUUCCCCAAGGCCUACGAGCUGGACAAGCGGACUAGCCUGCAGCUGCCUGGCAGGAUCCUGAAGCUGGCGGCCGCGGGCGAGGCAGCCGGCGGCUUCCUCUCGGAGCCCAUUCGGCCCGGCGGGCAGUGCCAGGCCGAAGCGGGCGGCACCUUUGUGUUCCUCUCCAAGGACUGCCACGUAGAGAGGCGCCUGGCCUCGCCCACGAACCAUUUGUUAGUUUCCGCCAAAGAACUGAGGUGCCAGAGUGGCCUAGGAAGGAAAGAGAGUUGGGGUGAUUUUGACCUGAGGGCGGCUGUUCUAUAUCACACUCAAGAAAUGGAAACAAUUUGUAAUUUGAAAAAGCAAGACCCCAAAAGGAUAAUCACUUACGACGAAGCCAUGGAUCACCCCGACCAAUGAUAGGAGCCGCGAAGGGCCGCUGACUCUCUCGCCGCUGCUGUUGCCUCUCUGCCGCGAGCCUCGCAGCUCCCCACACAUCCAGGAGGGCGGGUGGCUGUGGCGGCAGUUCUGGCGCGGCGAAAAAGGAACUAGAAUCGCAGGAUAAUAUAUACAAAUCUAUAUAUAUAUAUAUAAAUCUAUAUAUAUAUAUAAAUAUAUAUAAAUCUAUAUAUAUUAGUUAUUUUAAAACAAAUUGAAAACAGGGGCCUGCGGGCACGGCGAGACUUUUCACGUGGAAUUGGCAGAGACUCGCGUUACGGGAUUAUUUAAAACUUCGGUUCUGAGUCCUCUCCACUGCCCUCUCCCCUUACAAAAAAAGACUCCUCCUUCUUUCUCCCGCCACCGCCCUGUGCAAAACCGGACAAGAAUUCUUAACGGGUAGAGACACUGCCCCCCCUGCACGGUUCUGGACAUCUGCAGGAGAGAGGGGGGGCCUCCAGCCGUUUUUCCGCCGGGAGUCUGCAAUGGCCGACGACACACUAAGUCUCCGGGAAGCCCCUCUGUUUUCCUCCCCUUGCGCCCUGAGGUUUCCCUCCGUUGCUUUUGGUUUUACUGGAAUCCUAAAACCGAAAACUGCAGGGUCACGGGGGGGGGGGCCCUCGGAGUGUUGGAGGGUUAUUUCUUUCCCCCAGCCCACCCCUUGUCGAAGUGAAGGUGUGAUGUGGAGGGGAAAUCGGUCUUAAAAAUUCCUGUGUCUUCCCCUCCGCUCUCCUUCUGGGGAAACCAAAAAGAUGCUAUCACUACAGUCGUGUCAUCUGCACACACCUGCCGUUUCGGUUAUGAUGGGGUUUAUUUUUUUGGGGGGGGGAGCGUGUCAUCUUUGACGGCCACCAUCCAAAACUUUACAGAAUGCCAGGAGAGUUUUAAAUUUUAUUUUAAAGAAGCGGUUCAGGAGUUUGGGAGGUUUGGCUUUUUUGGGGGGGGGGGAGAGGGAACGAUGGCAAAGGCAGGGGGGGUUAAAAUUGCCGUUCCUGCCGCUUGGCACUGUAUCCCCAGGAAGAAGCCAGCGAAGCAGUUUGUUCAGCCUGUAGGUACUCUCUUGAGUUUUUCUCCCCCUGGAUGAUCCUUUCAUUUUUCUGUUCUCCGUCAGUCCUCCGUUGCAAAGCUGGAAACGUAAGGAAAUUGUGAUUUCUUCCCUCCGCCCUUUGCUAACUUUUCUAAAUAACGCCGGGGUGUGUGUGUGUUACGACUCCUAUCUGGGAAUUUGUUUUUCUAAAAGGAAAAAAAAAACAACCCAGCAGGCCUUACCUUUUACUAUCCCCCCAGCUCAUUUCCCUCAGGCAAUUCAUGUUUUUUUUAUGGUCCGGACAUCAGGAGGCCUGUUCUAAUGGAUUUCCGCUGUCUAUUUUCAUUUUUAUUUUGAUCUGGGCUUUGCUUCUGCUCCCCCCUCACCCCCAGCUUUUCACCGCAAGAGCAGAAACGGAAAGAGGUUGCAAGUGUGGCGUCGAAAGCUCUAAUAAAGUCAUUAUUAUUUUUUU